AUGCUGGAGGGGCUGGUGGCGACGCGCGGCUUCUGGGCGCUGGUGGCGGCCUUCCGCCUCUGGAGCGCGCUCUUCGUGCGCACGUCCUUCAACCCGGACGAGUACUGGCAGAGCACCGAGGUGGCGCACCGCAUGGUCUUCGGAUACGGCCACCUGACGUGGGAGUGGCAGGAUGACGCGCAGCUCCGUGGGUUCGCUCAUCCAGCGCUGUUUGCGGGGCUCUACAAGCUGCUGGCGCUGCUGAAUUUGGACUCGCGGUGGGCGGUGGCGUACGGUCCGCGGCUGCUGCAGGGGCUUCUGUCGGCUGCCAAUGACUACUUCCUGUACAAGUUGGCGCGGACGUACUUCGACGCCAAGGCGGCCAAGUGGGCGCUGCUGUGUCAGCUGUUCUCGUGGUUUACGUUCUACGUGAUGGUGCGGCCGUUCUCCAACUGUGUCGAGACGCUGUGCACGACGGCUGCGUUGGCGUACUGGCCGUGGAAGUUCCUGGAGAACGUGGCGGAGAAGAAGAAAAACGACGAUGCUGCUCCUGUAAAUCGCAGCAACCGCACAUUGGCGCUCACCUUUGCGGCGCUUGGGGUGCUGUUUCGACCGACAAACGCCAUCAUUUGGCUGUAUCCUGGAAUUGUGCACUUCUUCCAGACCCGCGAUCGUGCUCAUCUUAUCUUUGGCGUGGUUCUGCCCAUCGCUCUUGUCACUUCGCUGGCGAUGCUCUGCAUCGAUCGCCUUGGAUAUGGAGAGUGGACGUUCGUGCCGCUCAACUUCUUCAAGUUUAACGUGCUUGAGGGUAAAGACAAACUCUACGGCGAGCACCCGUGGAGCUGGUAUUUCUCACAGGGGUACCCGGCCAUUGUUGGCACGACGCUGCCUAUCGUCAUUGCCGGAUAUCUUACUGUGCCGGCGCCGAAGAAGGAUUUGGGCCACACCAUCAUGUGGGCGCUUUUCGUGUACAGCAACGCUGCCCAUAAAGAGUUCCGCUUCGUCCUCCCAUUGCUCCCGCCUGCGUUUGUGUACGCUGGAUACUGCCUUCGUAACCUCGAGCGGAAGCUGUACGUUCAAUUUCACGAAAGAACGCAGUGGAACUUGCUUCGUAUCGCUGCGUUCUCCGUGAUCGUGCCAAACGUGCUCAGUGCGUACUAUUUGUCUCGAAACCACCAGCGCGCUCCCGUUGAAGUAAUGGACUACCUAGCGGAUCGCAUACAAGAGAACCCGGAGACCUCUAUUCACUUCUGGGCUCCUUGUCACGCGACGCCGUACUACAGCUACCUGCACCAAAACGUAUCCAUGUGGUUCCCGGACUGUUCACCAGUCAACCGUGAACGGACCGAAGGAUCAGACUCGCAGCAGCUCGAGCGCGACCCGAGGCACUUCUUGACCAAACUUUACCACUUGUCUCCGUCAGACGAUCAAGCCAGUGACCCUUCAUCGAUGAAGCUCCCGACAUACGUCGUGACAUACUCCACGAUCGCUGCCAAGAUCAAGCCUCUCCUCGCAGCAGCUCACUAUGCCGAGGAUGCUUCGUUCGUCCACAGUGACGUGAGUGGCGACGCGGACUCGUCCGAGGUGGUGUCGAACAUGCUGGUGUACAAGCUCCAGCUAUAGAACGGUUACCGAGAGGUGACUUGGUCGUAGGCU